CACAAAAGCGAGGAGGUAAACAGAAAGCAAAGCAAAACGAACAAAGUAGAGUAUUACGUGAAAGCAGUGAAUGUGGCAGCGUUAUCAGGUUUGGCAGGGGGAAAUUGCAGUCGUCAUGCCUGUCACGAAGAAGAGUUUUAGAGUUGGCUCCAGCCAAAAGCUGUCAGGUGGGCGUGCUUGUUGCGGUCGCGCUUUUGCCAUGGUUUUCAUUCGGUGGAGUUUGCCACUCCUGAGCCUCGCCCAAGCCCAUUUGGGGCCUGGCGAGCAACCAUUGCCAAAGAUUGCAAAGGCGGGUGAGCAAAACUUUGACCAGAUGGCAGCGGCGGGUAUCAAUUCUGUGAAUGGGAUUUCUGCUACGGGCCAGCGGAACCCUUUGCAAUUCCCAUACUUGACAGACUUUUGGUGUGCCUACGAGCUAAGUGAUCGGAGCCGAACCAUGGCCUUGCUAAUCGAUGACAUGCAGGUUGAGUACAAAGAGUACGUGCAGGGAAUUGUGGCGCCAAUACAGGAACUGCUGGUGGAGUUCCGAAAGGCCAAGCUUCCAAUCUUUUGGAGCACGUGGUGGCGAUGGGGUCCAGAGGAUGGCUUUUUCAACUCGAUGGAUCGCUUUUACGGUCCUAUUGGGUGGAACACGUCUUUGAACGCCUUGUAUACUCACAAGCCCAACGGUGGUGAUGUUCUUCCAGAGGUGGCGCCAGAGACGGAGGAGGAGAAGAACCGCGUUAUGCACAAGAGCUAUUCUUUGGAUAUGUUCGACGAAAGGCCCAUGAAAUGGAAGGUUCCAAACAACCAAGGUACACUUCACCAGGAGCUGCAAAAGCUUGGAGUUGAUACAGUCGUCCAGGUUGGAGCUUGGACAGAUGAUUGCAUCAUUUCAACGGCUUUUCAUGCGUUCAGCCUCCAGUAUGACGUGGUUUUGAUUGAGGAUGGUGUCUCCACUGCUAGCAAGCAGCAUUUCAAUGCAAUCGAGGUGAUGCGUGGGGCUGCUGCCAAGGUUCUUUUAGCGCAGGAUGUGGUCAAAUACUUCAAAGCAGGUCGCCCAGUAGAACCUCCUUUGCCAAAGGCAAAGCUGGCAGGACCACGUUUGGCACUGAAGCCUUUGCCGUCAGAUCUGAGAAGUAGCAAUGCUGAGACCCAACCGAGUACUGCUCAGAACCUCCUGGUCGCCAAAGAGCAGCCAAGCAAAGACAAACUCUUGCAAAGUGCAGAACUGAUCGAGCAAGCAAAAGAAGCCCUUCGACACUUGCGACAGAAAGCUUCUUCACAGGCAGAGGCAGCAGAGCCUGAAGAGGCACAAGAUCAAACUGGGGCUGAGGCUGAUGCUGAUCCGGCUGCAGCGGACAAGGUGACGGUCCUGAUGCCCUCGGCGAAG